AGACGGUUCAGGCAGUUGCAAUCUGGGCGAACGAGAGACAUGCCUGAAGAUGUAAAUGUCCGUGGGACUUUAACAUGUAGAAAUUAAGGAAAUAACAGCGUACCAUUGGCAUUUUUGUCAAGAAACUACCGAGUCAAACUUUUACUCCUGGCAAAGGGUCGUCGGAACGCAAGAAACUAGCCAAUUCGCUCCAAAGGCCUGAGUGCCAUGCCUGAGGGGUCCCAUUCUGUUUUCCACCAGGACCCAAUGGGGGAAGAAUAUCCUCGGUUCCCCUCGCCCCUUUCCGCCGGAGAACAUGAAGAGACAAACGCAGCUUUCGAACCAGACUGUUACAACCAACUAUGCGCAGAGCCAUUGAAUGGAGAAGGCCAACGUCCAGUGAGUCUCGUGUCCACCUUGUCUUCCGGAUCAUCCCGUGACAGUCACAGCCUUUUUGGGAGCACCGUGACGCUUCCUUCCUCCUGCACACCGCCCAUACCAAGCGAGGAGGACAUCGACUUGGAGCUGAGCCCGGCCGAAAGCACCGCGGAACAGACAAAGGACCCGAGUCCUGCCCUCGGAUGGUCCAGCGGACGAUGGAAGCCGCACCUCGUCGGUAAACAGUGGGAUAACACCAACGCCUCCUCCAACAGACAGAGUGCGCAGAUCCUUCACGUCCCCACGUCGCCCGUCGUCGCCGAAACAAUGGCGCCCAACCCAAAACUGACCCACGUGGACCGGGUUGUCAUGGAGAUCAUCGAAACGGAGCGCAUGUAUGUCAAAGAUCUGCGGAGCAUCGUGGAGGACUAUUUGGCCCACAUUAUCGAUACGAGCAACCUUCCCAUACGACCAGAGCAAGUGUGUUCUCUAUUUGGAAAUAUUGAGGACAUUUAUGAAUUCAACAGUGAGCUGCUGCAGUCGUUGGACAUGUGCGACAGCGACCCCGUGGCCAUUGCCCAAUGCUUUGUAGAUAAGAGUGAAUAUUUUGAAAUCUACACCCAAUAUUGCACCAACUAUCCAAAUUCAGUCGCAGCACUAACUGACUGCAUGAGGAGUAAGACCUUGGCAAAGUUCUUCAAGGAUCGUCAGGCUGCUCUGAAGCGUUCGCUUCCAUUGGGUUCGUUCCUUCUCAAGCCAGUGCAGAGGAUCCUAAAAUAUCACCUGCUUCUUCAGGAAAUUGCGAAACACUUUGGCCCAGACGAGGCAGGCUAUGAGGUGGUCCAGGAGGCCAUAGACACCAUGACGGGGGUGGCCUGGUACAUCAACGACAUGAAGAGGAAACACGAACACGCUGUCAGAGUGCAGGAGAUCCAGUCCCUUUUGAUCAACUGGAAGGGUCCUGACCUGACCACUUACGGCGAGCUGGUGCUGGAGGGCACCUUUAACGUCCUGCGGGCGAAGAACAGUCGUACACUCUUCCUGUUUGAAAGGAUGCUCCUCAUUACCAAAAGAAGAGGAGAGCACUACGUCUACAAGACGUAUAUCUCGUGUUCCACCUUGAUGCUGCUUGACAGUGCGAAGGAUCCCCUGCUUUUCAGUGUUAUUCACUUCAAGCAUCCAAAGCAGCCCCAUACAGUGCAGGCCAAAUCUGUAGAAGAGAAGCGUGUCUGGGCCCAUCACAUCAAGAGGCUCAUUCUUGAGAACCACAACGCCAUUGUUCCGCCAAAGGCAAAAGAAGCUAUCGUGGACAAUUCUAACGGUCUUGGCAAGUACCACUGUAGCCCAGAGGGGGUGAAGAAAGCCGAUUCCUACCAACCGGAUGACUUCCAUCUUGCAGGAUGGAAUGGGAGGAGGAGAUCAGAACCUGCUAAACAAAUUAUAAAAAGUACAAAAGGUCAGUACAUUCAUGCAGAGAGUGAGAGUGCCCUGCACCCGACUCAGCCGCAAGUGUCCCCAAGUGUCGGGACGCAGACCUGCAGUCUAAGCGACCCCUUGGAUGAGAGGGCCUCGGAGGAGGACGCUGUGCGGCAGCAAAUUUCCGCUCCGGCAGAAGUGCGCUCCGCAUCAUUCGAGGACGGUCUGAAGCUGGCGAUGACGGAAGGGGAAAAACGGGAGGAUGUGGAGGGAGACGGUUACAAGGAGGAUUUACUGAUGGGGGGCGACCAGGUAGCGGACUUUGCCAGCUCGGUGUUGGCAGCCAUCUCCUGCUGGCACUAUCGAGCCCGGGCUUUGCUUUCUUCUCACUUCACAACGGAUGAAGAACUCGGCGAUCUGACCAACACGCCGAGAAAGGAGACUCGAGAACCCCCCACCCGUGAAGCAAAAUCGCAAGAACCUGGCUCGGUCCAUUUGGAGGAGCUGUUCCCUUCAGACUGUAUCACUCAAGCAAACGUCAUCCAUCAGCAGCCCGAGUCAUCGGUCUGCCCCUCCCCAGCGCCAGAGGCCGUCACUCCGGAGUCCGUUGAGACCUCGGGAGAAGCCGCUGAAGAAGAGGGGCCAGGGAGCGACUCGUCUGGUCUUCAAGUGGAGGAAACGAGUGCGCCGAUGAGUAGCGAGCUCUCCGAGGAGGAAGAAGAAGAAGAAGAAGAAGUGGUGGCCGGGAGUCAACGCAUCCUACCGUGUUCCGUGUUAGAUCAAGCGAGCGUCAUCGCCGAACGCUUCGUCACCGACCUGUCCCGCCGCAACAGCCUGGUCUCUGAGGAUCUAGGCUCUCUGGCCUGCUCCUCACCCUUGACCCCCAAUGAAGUCUUCAUAAGCCCUUCCACCUGCACGGUCUCGGAAGAAAAGUGCCAAGAGUCGCCCACCGUGUCGCCGUCUGAGCCGCAGGUGACCCCCGAGACUGAGCCGUCUGCGCGUGAACCCGCCCUCACUGAGGGGGAACGUCGGUCCACCCUCUCCAAACAGGAUCUCCUCCUGAUCCACAAGGUAAGGAGAUACUACGAGCACGCCGAGCACCAAGACGCCAACUUCAGCAUCAAGCGCAGGGAAAGUCUCUCCUACAUCCCAGCGGGUCUCGUCAGGCAUUUGAGCCGACAGCUUAACAAUAUUCCAGACCAGCGCGCGGUCCCGGUCCAUAGGAAAGUCCUCUCCCGUUGCAGGCCUACUUCUUGGUCCGUGUUUGACCUUCCGGGCUUGGACCAGAGUACAAAUGCGGACAUUCACCAAAAGGCUCAACCGCAGAGAUCAGAGGAAGUGAAGACGAGAUCGCCCAGUGUCACGGAUUCUUCGACCACAGAUGAAGACUUCCGACCGUCAUCGGAGAUGAUCAAAGUCUGGCAAGACAUGGAGUCGGAAGAAGAAGUCCAGCAGACUGCAGAAGAGAAAAAGACCUUCUUUGAGUGUUUGGACUCUUCAAAACGUAAACUCAAAAAGCAAACAUCUCUGAUUCUAGAAGAGAGUGAAACGAGUCCCUUAUCUGAUGGUUCAAAUGCACUCGCGGAAGAGACGGACUCCGCUCAAGACUGCAAGCAGCUUCGAACCUUCAUGACUCAAGGGAAGAGCCUGGUCCAGCUUCCCAGGCUCAUUAGCUUCAGAACCAGUGUUGACGAGGACCAGAUCUUACAGGACAUGGGCAAGAUGAAGAAUAAGGUCUUCCAACUGGCACGGCAGUACAGCCAGCGCAUCAAAAACAACCGGCCUAUGGUCUGGCAGAGGAACCGGGAGGCCUCCACUCAACAAGGAUUCAAGAACAUGCCCGCCGUCCUUGAGGAGAAACUCAAGAAAAGAGGUAAACCCAACCUGAGACUGCCCUUGACCGCUUGUGAACCGAUGAUCAUCCAUGAGGUGAAUACACCAAGUCCGCUCCAGACUCCGAGUUCUGCAACCAGCUCCCGCAGCGCGCUGACCGACCCGCAAAGCCCUCAGUUAGAGAAUUUCCACUGGCCCGAUGUCCAAGAGCUGCGCUCCAAAUACAACCCCGGCAGACCCGACAGCGGCUCCUCAAACGACGCAUCGGAAUGUUCUCCGGUCAGGUACAAUUGCUGCUCUCGCACGGACUCUCAUCAAGACCUGACGCAGUGUUCGGUGGCAAAACCCGAGACCUGGUACAAGGAGAGGCCGGAACAAGACUGGCCUCGGCCCCGGUCCAAGCUGCUGUGUAGGUGGGGCUCGCUGGAGUACAUGCUUGGAUCCCUGCCACUCCACGAAGUGCAGAACCUGCAGGAGCCCGUGCGGACCUGCUGUCAGAGCAGUCCGCCGUCUCUGACCGCCGCGCGAUGCAGCGUCCUCGCAGAAGGAGACGAGCAACUGGAGGACAGCUCACGAUGUCCCGGCAAGUCAACUGCUCCGAGUUCAGCCAAGACGUCGGAAAGUCAUCUGGUGAAGAGCUUACGGGAGAAGUUCCAGAGCUUGAGCACCAGCUCGUCAACAUGUUAACUGCUAAUAUUUAUCUUCACUAACCGUGAGUUUGUGCACCCCGUCUGUGCAGUGCAGUCCACGUUGGACUCACCCAGUGCUGGUUUGUGAAGGGAUAUUCUUGGUCCGUGCAAGGUCUUAAAAGAAGGGGGGGAAAAAACUGUGUGGCAAUAUUUGUACAUUUGGGACUUGUCCUCUCUCCUUGGGUGUAAAUGUGUUCAUUGACCCCUCGUUAGGAACAUUACUCUGAUGAUGAUAGGCUUCCGUUUAAUUCUCACUCACUGUUGGCGGUUUAAUACGAUCACUAUCAAAGCAAAACAACAAGUGGCUGUGGGAAGAAGAUUACCUCAACUAAGCUUACCGUGCACCAAAGACUUUCUUUCGUGGGUUGUAAAUGUUAAAAUCCUGUUGUGACAGAAGUCAUUUGACUAAUUACAGCUGUUUUCAUGCAUCACUGGAGCUUUAUUCUUUUCCCCAAAUGCUUAUUUUUAUUGAGUAAUAUUUAUGAAGCUGCAUUUGGGGGCAAGCGGAGGCAUGUAAAUAGCGACUGUAUAAACUCCUUUUGACAGCUUGCUAUUCCAGAAAGAUUACUUGAAGUUUGCCGUAUUUGCAACGAAAAGAAAAACGGUGCGUGACCACUGAUGUCAUGGACUGAUGCGCGUACAGUAUUUACGUGAUGUAUGUACCGGUAGUUCACAUCUGUCUGAAACGUCUUUGUUUGACGGCAUUUGGCAUGAAUAAACCUGAUUUUGUAAUGGUCACAAGUGCACCGACUGCUGUAUGCACGAAUCGGUACGAAUGCAUCGUAUACAAAAUGGAGGAAUACUGUAGUUGUGAAUACAAUAGCCCUUUGCCUGA